AUGGAGGGACAGACUAUUACCCCUCCACAUGUGCAGCUACCACAGAGCGGUGAUACAGAUUACACACAAUGGACCCAAGAAGCCCUGAUAUCCCGUAUUCGCCAUCUUGAGUCUUCAUUAGAAACCAAUCUUCUGAACUCGGAGAUCAAACAAGAGUCAUUAACGAUCCUACCAAAGUCAACUGCGAAACCAGAUUUUGAUUUCAGACGGUACACAAGCCGUCUGAUAGCUCUAAAGUUUGCAUAUAUCGGUGGGCCGUAUCAGGGCCUGGAAUACCAUUUUGGAAGUGACACUCCAUUGCCUACAGUUGAAGAAAAACUCUUCGAAGCACUACUCAAAGCAAGAUUAGUGCCUCCUAAGACUUACUAUCAUCCCGAUGGCUCCAUAGAUACCACUCAGGUGUUUACUAGUGGAAGUAAUACGGGUAUCGAGGAUAUUGGGAAGUGGAUAGAUUUGGAUUCCUGGGAAUACACCAAAUGUGGAAGAACCGAUAGAGGUGUUAGCGCCUUUGGACAGGUGGUUGGCGUUAGGGUGCGGAGUAAUCGACCAAAAUCUAAAAAAGAAGAAAUACUAGGAGAAAACGCCCUGGUGGAAGAUAUAGAUGACAGUUCGACACCCAAAGGUCCCAUCGAACCAGCUGAAAAUGACGACGAGACGCUAGACUUUGAAGACAAGGAUGAGCUGCCCUAUGUCACAAUACUAAACCGUCUUUUGCCCUCAACAAUAAGAGUCCUAGCAUGGUGCCCUAACCCCCCCGAAAACUUCUCAGCAAGAUUCAACUGCCAGGCGAGGACAUAUCACUAUUUUUUCACGAACCCGCCGGCACCACAUAACCCCGGUGAGCCGCCAAGGGUACUCGACAUCGAUGCGAUGAAAACCGCGGCAAAGUACUAUGAGGGCCCACACGACUUUCGGAAUCUAUGCAAAAUUGAUGCUAGCAAGCAGAUUACGAACUUCAAAAGGCGGGUGGAAGAAGCGGAUAUCGUGAAAGUGGGCGGGGUUACACCGGCUUUUUCCCUAGAACCGUGUGAAACUUCCCAAAGAAUGCUAGAAAGACGACCAGAGAUGUAUUACUUUAAACUCACUGGUUCGGCUUUUCUGUGGCAUCAGGUCAGGCAUAUGGUCGCCAUAUUAUUUCUGGUCGGGCAGAAACUCGAGAAGCCAGAUGUUGUAAAGGAACUAUUGGACGUUCAGAAUAUGCCAACAAAGCCCUUUUACAACAUGGCAGAUGAUAGACCGUUGGUAUUGUGGGAUUGUCUAUUCGAUGAGAACGAAGUCAAGUGGGUCUACCCGGAACUCAAUAGGGCGAAACCAAGUAGUCGGGAGGAUGUCAUUGGGUCGUUAUGGGAGUUAUGGCACAACUCGAAUAUGGAUGCGAUGUUGAGUGGUGGAUUAUUAGCGAUGGUAUAUGGCCAACAGGAGGCACGUCGCAAACGAGAAACGGUAGAAAGAAAUGAGGACUUAGCGAUGACCGGUAAUGAUAAUAGUAACAGCAGCAAUAAGAAAAAGGUGAGAGAUAGUACUUGGAUUGUGGAUGGCUCGCCAAUGCAGACGAGUUUUGGAAAGUAUGUUGAAAUAGUUAAAAGAGGGAGGAUGGAGACCGUCGAGGUCAUAAAUCGCAGGUUUGCCGCGAGAAAGAGCGAGGAAUGGAGGCAGAAAUGGAGUGUGGAAGCUAAGAGGGAAAGGGGAAUCGGUGAUAUGACUGACUAUGAUCACGAUGAGUAA